GAAACUCUUGGAACAGAACAACGAAAAGUUUUGGACCAAGUCUGUGAUGUACGAGCAGGUGCUUCUGCUAUGCCGUGGCACGGAGCAACACGCCGACGCGCCGGGCCGGGAGCUGGUGGAUGGUGAAGCGGUCACCGUGAGCGCGUCCUUGACUUGCUGGUCGUCGCAGAAGGGAGAGCAGGAGAAGGCUGGUCAGGUGGAGGUCUUCGUCUAUCGCCACGAGAUGGACGCCAAGAUUGACCUGUCGAAACGUCGGGAAGAUCGCAGUGGGGUCUUCAACUGGGAUGACGUGGUGGUGGAUUUGUACAGUGGCUUGUCUUACCAUGAGAAAAAACUCCAAGGCUUCAAGGUGUCGCCACGGGACAUGAUGCUCUCCCAGUACCUCCAGGAUCACGUGCACUACCGGCGGCGACGGCUCUGUCGUCACAACCACCUGGAGGUCAGCCGAGCGGUGGAUUUUGGCGACGGCUCUCCGGCGCUGAACUUCUUCAGAAGAAAUCCCUAUCUCUUCCCGGAGACGGAGACCUCGACCUGCUCGUCCUCGUUCUUUCGCAGCGCCUUCGUUUCGGUGCUGAACCAGGGCCUGGUGCUGCGUGCGGCAAUGACGCGACGGGAAUUCAUCUAUUGGUUGCCGGGGCUCAACGCAGGCAUCCCCCUGGUGCCCAAGGACGAUGCCGUCCACGAGGCAACCUUCCAAGCCCAUGAUCUAGCGCACUUCUUGCUCCCAGAUCUCUUGUUCACGGAGGACUCGCCCCUGCAUCGACGGCUCUACAUCAUCUACCGCAUGCUGAGCGAAGCGAUCACGUUGGUCUUCGCAGACAUGCUCUUUGUGGAACAUCUCCGUCGAAGUGGAGUGGAGUACGACUGGUCCAAGCGGAAGAUCUGGCCCUUGUUCCGGCACUGCGGCCUUGACCCCUUCGCCGAGGGUUCCACGGGUUCCACGGAGCAUUUUCUGUCGGUCUUUCGAGCCCUGCUGGAAGCGAACGUGUCCUACUGCCUGCUGGGAGAUGAUUCCAGAUACCGAGAGCUGUUGAAGGAUGAGCUGGAACCGGAGUGCUUGAAAGACUUCAAGGAGAAGUACAUGCCGUUCUUCGUGGAGGACUUCCGCUGGACCUCCCAGAACUACCGCAGCAUGGCCGCGCGCGGCGCCGAGCUGCGCCGUUGGUGGAGCCUGGCGGAGCCCAUCCGGGAGCUGCUGCAGCAGGGGCCGCAGGGGCAGGGCGCGGUGGAGGAGCUGCUGACGGUGGAAGAAUUUGCCACCCGCCUGGGUUGCCACGGCCCCGAGACCACCGAGACCAGUUCCGGCGCGGCCCUGGUGUGGUCGGCCUUCCGCGACGUCUUCGCGCGGCGGAUUGCGCCCAUCUUUCAGCAGCAGCAGGAGCGGAGCUGCGCAGAGACCUUGUUCCGGGCCUUCGGAAGAUACAUGAUGGGCCAAUGUAUCUUACUGGCUCGUUUCAACUUUCUGCCCGAGUCCACGAGUUGCCACGAGGAGAUCCUGGGCGUCCUGCAAGAGGCCCGAGAUGCAGGUGGACAGCUCACUGAAGCCCAGAUGCUGAAAGCACGCGGCUGCUUCGAACACUAUGUGGAUCUGCUCUUGGAGCGUCAACUGAUCACGCUGGACGACGCGGCGACCUUUAAAGAGGUCUGUCCGCUCUUUGAGCCCUGCUUCGCAGCCUACGAUGAGCCGCUGGAGCAUUACCAGCAGCUGAAGAUGGUGAGCCAAGAAAUCUUGGGCGAGCUCCCGAGUGUAGGUUUCGUCCAGGUGGUUAGCGCCUCUAGCAACAAGGGCGCCCCGACAUUUCUGGUAGAUUCGUCCAAAGCCCUGCAAAAGGGUUGCAAAAACACUCAGCAAGGACACCUUUCGCAAAUGGAAUUUUGGAAGGUUUUCCUUAGGGGUUUUCAUGCCCUCUCAGAAACUGGAAGAAUCAUGAAGAAUCCAUAUAUCUGAAGCAUCUAGGCAAUCCAAUUUGUUAAGGUUCUGGACCCCAACAUGCCCUGCAAAGCUUUCCCGCAGGAAGUGAAAUUCCUAGUGCUGCGCCCAAAGCCGGCGGAGCCAAGAAAUCCAGUAAGAAAGGAGUUCGCUUGCGCUGGGUACCCAAGCAGCACUGACCGCGGAUUCGCGGUCAAUGUACAGCUGGGCCAUGUACAGCUGAGCGCAGUGAGCGGAAAACAUCG